UCUCUCUGUGCACACACACACACACACACCCUUACAUAUGGCCAGUUUUUCAGAUCUGCUAUUAAACAUAUUUUUCUCAAACCGUACACAGGCGGACGACAGAUUGGCAAGGGGACUCACAUGAGCUGUCAGAAUGAGGCAGCUAGGAUGCCCUUGUGCCAAACGGCAAUAACACAACGGCGGUGCGAUAGCAUAACGUUUGUAAUGUAUGCCAUGCCUGCUGUCUGUCUGUCUGUGAGGCUACUGCUACCCUUCCUGCCCUGAAACGCUGACCUUCCUGCAGCGAACAGAUGUAAUAAUGGAUGUGACUCACCACUGGCUGUCAGUCAGUCACACAGUCUACUAUAUAGAUUGUGUGUGAGAGAAGAGCACGCUGAAUUUUUUCUCCCCUGUAAAACUAAAAAAAGUUGAAAGAUGUUGAAACAUCAGCACUAUCCUGCUCCGUGAAAAGGUUUUUCUGUAUUUUUUUCUAUAACUCCUACCUGGAAGUGACAGAUCUGCCUGCUGUUGUUUCUGUGAUUGUUUGUAAUUAAUAGACGCUGUACUAACAGCUGGGGGAAAGCAAGAGCAUUGCAGUGAUGCGAACACACGGCGAUGCAACAUGAACCACUACUCCAGUAGUUCCACAGCAAUAUUAACAUGCUAUAACUUGCACUGUACGUAUAUCAUUCCUAAAUCCAGUUCCUGUUUCUGUGUGUGUGUGUGUUUUCAGGUAACAUCGUCGUUUUCGCCAAACAGGAAGUGUCCACUUUCUGUGUCAGUCAUGGGCAGCAGAUCUGUGUUUCCCCUCCUCAUCUUUGUUCUCCUGACGGCAUCACGCCUCGAGGCCGUCAGCUUCCCCGAGGACAAUAUCCCCAUUGAUGUGGUCGACUACCACUACGCUCGACAGUACCCAGUGUUCAGGGGCCGUCCUUCGGGCAAUGAAUCUCAGCACAGACUGGACUUCCAACUCAUGACAAAGAUCCAAGACACCCUCUUCAUCGCUGGCAGAGACCAGGUCUAUUUGGUCAGCCUCCGAGAGUCAUACCGGAAUGAAAUCAUUCCUUACAGGAAAUUAACAUGGAGAUCGGGCCAAGGAGACAGAGAGAUGUGUGCAUGGAAAGGAAAGCACAGAGAUGAAUGUCACAACUUCAUCAAAGUCCUGGUCCCCAGAAACGACGAUCUAGUCUUCAUAUGCGGCACAAAUGGCUUCAACCCCAUGUGCCGGUACUACAGGCUGGAUAACCUGGAGUUUGACGGGGAAGAAAUCAGCGGCUUGGCUCGAUGCCCAUUUGAUCCCAAGCAGACCAACGUUGCCCUCUUUGCCGAUGGCAAGUUGUAUUCUGCCACUGUGGCAGACUUCUUGGCAAGUGACGCUGUCAUUUACCGAAGCAUGGGGGACGGCUCCGCCCUCAGGACCAUAAAAUAUGACUCCAAGUGGCUUAAAGAGCCGCACUUUCUGCACGCAGUGGAGUACGGGCAAUAUGUGUACUUCUUCUUCAGGGAAAUCGCAGCGGAGCACAACAACCUGGGCAAGGUUGUGUAUUCCCGUGUGGCGCGCAUAUGCAAGAACGACAUUGGCGGAUCCCAAAGAGUACUUGAGAAGUACUGGACGUCGUUUGUAAAAGCUCGACUCAAUUGCUCCGUCCCCGGGGAGUCUUUCUUCUACUUCGAUGUCCUUCAGUCCAUCACGGACAUCAUUGACAUCAACGGGGUGCCCUCCGUCGUAGGGGUCUUUACCACGCAGCUGAACAGCAUACCUGGCUCAGCGGUGUGUGCUUUCGCAAUGUCAGACAUCGAGAAGGUGUUUAGGGGAAGAUUUAAGGAGCAGAAAACUCCUGACUCCGUUUGGACACCUUUUCCGGAGGAUAAACUGCCCAAGCCAAGACCUGGCUGCUGUGCGGGACACAGUCCGGCAGAGUCCUUCAAAACCUCCAUGGAGUUCCCGGACGAGACCCUGAUGUUCAUCAAGUCCCACCCCCUCAUGGAUGCUGCAGUGCCUUCCAUUGGGGAUGAGCCGUGGUUCACCAAGACGCGAGUCAGGUACAGGCUGACGGCGCUGGCCGUUGACAGUGAGGCAGGACCCAACAGGAACCACACAGUGGUGUUUAUCGGCUCGGAGGCGGGCGUCGUGCUCAAGGUCCUUGCCAAGUCGUCCCCCUUCUCCCUUAAUGACAGCGUACUGCUGGAGGAGAUUGAUGUCUUCAACCGGGCAAAGUGUUUAUCAAACAAUGAGGACGACCGGCACAUCCUGUCAUUCCACCUGGAUAAGGACACGCACACGCUGUAUGUGGCCUUCUCCAGCUGCGUCGUCCGCAUCCCCCUGAGCCGCUGCGAGCGCUACAGCUCCUGCCAAAAGUCAUGCAUCGCAUCAAGGGACCCGUACUGUGGUUGGAUGCCUCACGGUGCCUGCGAGAAGAUUCCUCCGGGUGUGCUGACGGGCUAUGAACAAGACGUGGAAAAUGGCAACACAACGCGACUAGGGGACUGUCAUGAAUUUUUGGCUACUACAUCUGCGCCAGAUUACAAAUCAUAUGGCGACCCAACCUCUGACAUGGAGUUGUCAUCACCGCCAGACUCAGUCACGCCACCAAAGGCUUCUGGCCCCAUAGACUCACCCAAAAUCAUUGCCACAACACAGAAACCUGAACUCAUUGGUUCAAGGAAAUUUGUGCAGCAGGACGCGCCGGCCACGUCCAAUUCUUUUGAGUCGCUCCCAGGUGUCCAGGAGGGUAUUUGGGAUAUUCGGUCAGCAGAGUCCAACCAGUUGGUACACAUGAACAUCCUGAUCAGCUGCGUGUUCGCCGCGUUCCUGCUCGGCGCCUUCAUCGCCGGUAUGGUGGUGUACUGCUAUCGGGACGCAUUCCUGCGCAAGCCCAGGAAGAUCCACAAGGACACGGAGUCCGCCCCGUCCUGCACAGACUCAACGGGCAGCUUUGCCAAGCUCAACGGUUUGUUUGACAGCCCGGUUAAGGAGUACCAGUCAAACAUCGACUCCCCGAAGCUGUACACAAACCUCUUGAGCAACGGGAAGGACACGCCGCCAAGUGACGACACAAAGACCAUGAUACUGAGCAGCCAACCACCAGAGCUGGCUGCCCUCCCGACGCCAGAGUCUACGCCGGUGCUUCAGCAGAAGAGCCUUCAGCCCCUGAAGAACCAGUGGGAGAGGGCUCACGGCAAGGUCAACGGCGGGUCGCGCAAGGACUUCCCCUCCAGCCCUCCGCCACACACCGCUGUUGGACAUGUUCACAUUCCCAGCGCUGUGGUUCUCCCCAACGCCACACACGAUCAGCGGUCAGCCUACAGCACCGCCGAGAUGCCCCGCUCCGAGCGGAAAGUCCAAAACACAGAACAGUCUGGGUCCAAAUCCAGCCGCAAGGACCACCGGACCUCGGUGGACGCCAGGAAUACCUUGAACGAUCUUCUGAAGCACCUGAAUGACAACAACGGUGCGCAGAAGGCCAUUCUCGUGGAAAUGCCGCAGAAGUCCAGGCAGCACCUGAUGCUGGACCCCAUGGUGAGCAUGACGGAAAUACCGCCAAAAGUUCCCAGCCGGGAGGCCUCGCUGUACUCCCCUUCCUCCUCGCUGCCCAGGAACAGCCCCACUAAACGGGUGGACGUGCCCACCACUCCCACCACUCCUACGUCACCCACGGGCUUCCCCAUGAGCACUUUGGAGAGGCAGCGGGCGUACCACCGCAGCUCCUCCCAGAGGCACUCCAUCUCCUCCAUGCCCAAGGGCAUGCACUCGCCCAACGGGGUGCCGGUGUCGCGGCAGCCCAGCAUGAACAGGGGAGGGGGGCACCACAUGCCUCCCACACCCCCCUCGAGGCUGGACUCGCACGCGUCGCCCAUGAUGGGCAUGCACCCGCCGCAGCAGGCCUCCGUGUCGCGGCAGAGCAGCUACAGUGGCCACGGUUCGCUGCCGCGCAUGGGGCUGAAAAGGACUCCUUCGCUAAAGCCGGACGUGCCCCCCAAACCCAACGGCUUCGUGCCACAGACUACGCAAAUGAGGGUGGUGAACAAAUACAGUUACUAACUUAACAGAGCAACACUGGGUUUGUUGUGUUUCACUCUUGCUGACUGGCAGGCGGGGCGAGCACAUACGUCUACUACGCAUAGACCUGAGGCAGGUUACGCGCUAGCAUUGCUAUUGCUAGCAUUGCUAUUGCUAGCAUUGCUACGAGUCUCCCUGAGGAGUGCCCGGCCUGAGAGUGGCACUCUGUGAACUUAAAGAGAAAAAAAAGGGAACUCACAAGUGGCCAAAGAAGCUACUCUGGCUUACGUCCACCAGUUGUCAUUUCUGUUUUCACGCCAUUCACAACUCGAGUGACAGGUGGCAGGCAGGCAGGCAGGCAGGCAGCCUGUAGGGAAGGGCCCUCCACUUCAAGACCCCGAGACAAGACGAGACGAGAGGAGAAGAGAAGCGAAGCGGCUCGGCCAAGAGAAUUUCUGAGGCACUCCCGCGACAAGAGGCCGCGGCUGGUCUGUUGGCUCGGAGCACCCUGGUGGUCCUCCUAGUGUGGAGUGCAGCCAGCUGUCUUCGAGGUUCGAACUUUGUUUUUUUUUUGUUUUUUUAACACACAGGAAUACUUGAAGAGUGGAUUUCAUUUUUGGGAUUUUUUUUUUGCUUUUCUUUUUUCAUUUUUCAUUUUUCAUUGCCAUGCACUGUCAUCCCAUUAAAAUGUGAAACUUCACAGAUGUAAAAGAGAGAGGGAAUGAAAACGUAUUCGGUUCGAGAUAAAGAUCAAACUGAGUGAAGGAUAUACUAUGUGUAACCGCAGGCACGGAGACGUAAAUUAAGUGCUAGUGUGUUCAGUAGGGCCGAGUAGGUGCCGCCUGCGUGCGUGCUAUCUAGCGUGCACAGACAUGACUUCACAAACACAAAGAUGCACUUAAAAUCAUUUUGCAGUCAUCUUUAAACAGGACCAAUUCAUUCAUUCGUGUCAUCUAACAGAAUCCCAUUUAAGGUACAUAAGUACAUGUUGUGUGGACGUAGUACAGUGCAAAACAUUAAUCAACAGUUUCAGAGUGUGUUAUGCCCAGGGUGCCUACUUGGGCGGUUGAUGUUGUUUUUUACUCACUGGGAAAAUGACUUAACAUUUUGCUGCUAUCAGUUGAAAUGAAAAUAAUCAUUGGUAUUGUGUAUUUUGGACUUCAUUUUACUCCGUUAAAUCUGUUGCCUCUGGUUGUCUUUUCUUGUGGGCAUUUUGGUUUUCUUAGCUGGCUGUACAGAGAGGUGGCACCAGUAAAAUACCAACGCUGGGGUGAGUUUCUCAAAAGAGAAGUUGUUAGCCUGUUAGCAACUUCGGUAGUUGUCAAUGGGAAAAUGCAUUGAAAACAACAAAGUAGCUAAUGUAGUAAGCAACUUUGGUUUUGAGAAAUUCACCCCUGGUCACCUAGUUGUGCACUACCAUUGGAGGCUAAGUCAAGCAAAGAUUAACAACAUCGAGGCAGGCAUACAGAACGAUUUGGGAAGGCUUAAAUUAUCCUUUUUUUAUUCAAACCCAUGGUCUAACAUGUGAAACAUGCUUUAGACCAUUCCGAUUCUGCUUGUUGACGAUUUUUUUUUUCAAAGAAAGCUUUGAGUGAAUUUUACCACAAAGUCUUGACACUGGGCAAUGAAUGAACAACAGGACAUUGUAUUGAAUCAGUUAUUACAAUUGUUUUAUCUUAAAUACAGGUUAUCUUAUUUACCUGCCAAGUAUUAGCCAAGUGUUUAUUGCUAUUACAAGCAUUUCAUCACUAAAACAAUUGGAAAACGCAAAUAUGGUAAAAACUCAAGAAGUGUUUCUUAUACAUCCUUUCCCCACAAUAAAUGUGUACCGGUAGUUAUGGUUUAAUACAUCGAUUACUAAUAAUAUGUUAUUGAAAAUGUUCAUUAGACUACCUGGUAACGCAUAGUAACUAUACUUCCUAUAAGUAUACUUUCCCCUAAAAUAUAAAACUCUCCCAGAACAAAAUGGUAUAUGCCAGUGUGGUUUGCUUGAGCUUAUAUACUGUCACCUUUUUAAGCUCCUUAGAGUUGUUCAGCACCAACGUGAAUGCCAAAAUGCAUGUCUGUCACUAGUGUUUGUCUCUUUGUGUUCUUCAAUGGGAACCAACACAUAACUGCAUUGAUGUCGCUGCAAAGGCAAAGGGCCAAUGCUGCUCUCAGUCUCACAAACUACUUUAGACUCUGUAGAGAAAUAGUCCGUAGUUCUAUCAUCUUAACAAAUAUUGUACAAUCAUUGCAACAUAUACCAAUGUGUCCUGCGCUGUCAUGCCGGUUAUGACAAUGUUGUAAAUAGAUAUAAAUAUAUUGAUAUUUUUAGGCAAGUUUACCUAAAUCUGUGCAUUGUGUGCCUUAUACCAAGAGUAAUUCUUCUUAGACGUGCUAAAUUGGUUCUAAAGAUUCAAUAAUCGUUUUCUUACAAUCUGACGAAAUUAAUUGGCAAAUAGACAAAAGGUGCGUCCUAUCACAGUCAGCUUCAACUGCAGUUAUUGGAGGAGUUAAUUAAGAGUCAAUUUAGUGACAAACAUUCCAUUUCAGGAUGUAUGAUCACAAUAAUCAGAGAAACCCCAUGAUAGUUUUGUGGAAGGGUGCUUGGGUGCAUUUCUCAAAAGAGAAGUUGUUAGCCUGUUAGCAACUUUGGUAAUGGGAAAAUGCAUUGAAAACAACAAAGUAGCUAAUGUAGUAAGCAACUUUGGUUUCGAGAAAUGCACCCUUUAUUUGAUACAGCACACUGAGGCUUCACAUGGUGAAUGUAUUGUUGACAGCGGGAUGUAGACCAACAGUCACUCAUCUGAUCUGCGGACAUUGUAAAUUAUUUUACACUUCAGUGAAAAUGCCACAAACUGUUUAAAAUACAUAACUGAUCUUCUACCAUCAAAACGGUUUAUAAUCCUCAGUGUUUUCUUUCGUGGGGGGGCUUCUGUUUUAUUUUCACUUUACUUAAUCCAACCGAGUCAUUUCAAAUAAUCUCGCAUUUCAGUAUAAUGAGAAUGAGGUGUCAACAAACCUGUACGAGCCCAAAGUUAUACCAUUUUGUUUACGAGCGAUGAUUGUAUUUGAAUAAUUGCCUGUUUGGUUCAGUUGGAUGUCGUCAUCUGCUAACUUUCCAUUUUUUGUACUGACUGGGAGCCACAUACGCUCUCCAUCCUCAACAGUGUCCUGAUAAGCUGCCUUGUAUAUUGCAAUAUGAAUUCAUUUUUCUGUUGCAAUCUGAAUCUAAGCCUUUAUGUGCAAAUGAACCAGAUGGUUUGAAUUCUCAUUUGUUUUUGUUUUUUGUUUGUUUUGUUUGUUAUUUUUAUUUUUUAAUACUGUGCGACCUGAGCAGACGGAAUACAGUACAGUUGUAUGUUUUACAGAGUAUUUUAACGUGUAGAUAUAUUGUAAAGUUGUACUGUGAAUGUGUACAUAAUUAUGUUCUUUUGUUUUAAAGAUAUUUUGGUUGAUUUUUUUUAACACGGCAUGUAUAGUUGAAAUAAAAUAUCACUGCAUAUAUGCGAAUUCCUUUCUUUCUUGAUUCUUAUGCUAAGUAAUCA